AUGGGUGAGGAAGACAUAUCCUUCUUUAAUUGCUGGGACAAUUGUUGGUACAGUUUCUCCACAGCUGAGAUGCAGGCCCAUAGGGAGGAAGCGAGAUUCUCUUCGAGUUCUCGGAGAUGGCUGGCCAAUCUAUCCACAAUUGGUGCUUCCGUGUGUCUCCAGCUCGUUAUUGCCAGGGUGUUGGCAUAUGACAUCAGUGCACUUUGUAUAAACUUUUGCCACAUGGACCGUGUGCACCAGAUUUCAUCCGGGUCUUUGGAUACCUGGUUGUUAUCCAGUUUCCUUAAAGGAGACAUGUUUAUUGUCCAUAAUGAAUUGGAAGAUGGCUGGAUGUGGGUUACAAACCUACGGACAGAUGAACAAGGUCUUAUUGUAGAAGACCUGGUAGAAGAAGUGGGAAGAGAAGAAGAUCCACAUGAAGGCAAAAUAUGGUUCCAUGGGAAGAUCUCCAAACAAGAGGCUUACAAUUUGCUGAUGACAGUUGGUCAGGUGUGCGGUUUUCUUGUGAGGCCUUCAGAUAAUACACCUGGUGAUUAUUCACUUUAUUUUCGGACCAGUGAAAAUAUUCAGCGUUUUAAAAUAUGUCCAACAUCAAGCAAUCAGUUUAUGAUGGGAGGCAGAUAUUAUAAUAGUAUUGCUGAGAUCAUUGAACAUUAUAGAAAAGAACAGAUUGUUGAAGGAUAUUACCUUAAAGAUCCUGUUCCAAUGCAGCAUCAAGAACAGGUGCUUAAUGAUACAGUGGAUGGAAAAGAAAUCUAUAAUACAAUUCGUCGCAAAACAAAGGAUGCUUUUUAUAAAAAUAUUGUCAAAAAAGGAUAUCUUCUGAAAAAAAGUAAAGGAAAGAGAUGGAAAAACUUGUACUUUAUAUUGGAGGGAAAUGAUGCCCAGCUUAUUUAUUUUGAAAGUGAAAAACGAGCCACAAAACCUAAAGGAUUAAUAGACCUUAGUGUGUGUUCAGUCUAUGGAGUACAUGACAGUUUAUUUGGCAGGCCAAACUGUUUUCAGAUAGUAGUUCAGCACUUCAGUGAAGAGCAUUACAUCUUUUACUUUGCAGGAGAAACUCCAGAACAAGCACAGGUGAGAGCUUUUGUUGAAAGCAAGCGUACCACAGAUGGUGGCUAUGUCUACAUUAGCAAAUAUUACUAUGCAAUAGUAGCAGAUCU